GUGAACUGUGAAGUCGUUAGGUCGUUAGUUGUUUGAUCAUUGGUUUUCCAAGAAUCUGUAUGGCCAACAUCAUGUGUCUCGAUUAGAUUUUCCUUUUUCCAUUUUAUCAGCCGUUAUCCAAUUCGGUAACAGAGGUCCUCUCCUGAUAUUUCCAAUGGACGACAAAGCGAAGAAACUUGUUGUGCAGAAACUCAACAAAGAGCUCGGACGUUCUUACAAAAACCUAGAGAAGGUUGCAGAUCUACAUCGGCGAAUCUCCAUUGAAAAAAGUAGCAUCGAAAAUAAGAUUUCUGCCACAAGCAAUGAAAGGUCUAGUUUAGUUUGCACUUCAUUGAACUGUUUAGAUGAAGUCUCUGCUCAGAUGAAACAGUUACUGACUAAAUAUGACAAAGUCGUGCCAAAAAUUGAAGCUCACCAGGAGGGUGUUGCAAAAGCCUGUAGUCAGAUUCAAGGUUAUAUGACUACUAUUGCAGACCACGAAAAACUCUUGGCCUACUUGGAGCACAUUGAAUGUAUACAAACUGCAUGUGAAGAAAUGGAAACAGCCCUCCUAGAAGAAGAUGAUGAAAAAGCAGUAGAAAUCUAUGGGUCCCUUUGUAAAUUAAGCAAACCUCUUGCUUCAUCUGGGUGCUCACGUUUAUUUCAGUACUUAAAAACUACUAUCUACCAGUGGCAUGGUAAAUUUUAUGAAAGAUUCAAAAGUGAGUAUGAAAAAUUGAUUGCUGCAGUUGGUUGGCCAAUAACAUCCAGCAACACGCUUCGUUCGCCACCAUCGUCCGACGUAAUGUUAAAGUUCCAACGAUUUACUAAACUUUUACUUCUAAUAGAAAUUCCAGAGAAUUUGCAGAACAGGCCAAGUGUCACCUCAGCUUUAAUGAUCGAUUUUGAUCCCUUGGUCUUGCCUGUCCAGUUGUUGUUCAACCCUCUGAGAAAAAGAUUUAUGUAUCAUUUUUCCGGGUCCCGCCAAACAAACCGGGCAGACAAACCAGAAUGGAUGCUAACGCAAGUGUUGACGUGGAUCCGAGAUCAUGAAGCCUUCAUCCUGCAGAAGGUUCAACCUGUUUUCAAUGAGACUUGCACCAGCCGCUACAUCUCUGUGGAGGUUGAGCUCAUUCGUGGUUUCAUCAAACUCGUUGUUGAAAAACUAGAUAGGGACCUAGUCGAAUUACAGUAUGAUGACGUCUUAUUUUGUCACGCAGUGGAUGAGAUUUUAGCUUUUGCAUACGAGCUGAGAGAUAGUUAUAACUAUCCAUCAUCUGAACCAAGCGUUCUCAUGGUCCUUACACAACCAGAGUUAUUCAUGAAAUGGAUCAAUAUGGAACGUAAAUAUGCUCUAACCAAACUAGAUUCUAUAUUGGAAUCGAAAACGGCAUGGACAAAUCUCAGUUCUGAUGAUGACGACGAAUUGAAAGUUACGGAGUGUGCUGACUGUUUUCUGACAUUGCUCUCCACAAUCACUGAAAGAUAUUCAGCGCUUCCUCAGCCCAGGCAUAAGCUAGAGUUUUUAAACCUACAAUUAGAUUUGAUUGAUGAAUUUCAGAGACGAUUAUCACAGGAAAUAUCUCUUUUCAACGAAGAAGUCUUGAAUAUGAAAGCGAUCUCAAUCAUAAAUUCUAUCAACUAUAUUUGUGAUGUAUUCCUCGAUUGGGGAACUAACACUCACUUCUUGUUGCUUUACCACUAUAAGUUGCAAUUAGAGCAAGUGGAUAUGCCGGAGGCAACAUCUGUGUUUGAUGGAAAAUCCGACAAACUUCAAUCAAUGUUGAAUGACUUAGUUCAGUUAGUUUGCAUGGAAGUUGUAUUCGAAACCAAAGCCCGCAGUAAACCGUACAGAAGAGACAAGUGGUUUGCCAUGCCUUCGAUAAAAAAUACAGCCCUACCAUCAUUAACUGCCAGUGCAUGUCCUAUGUUCCAAGUUUUAGCGGAUAGAUUACAUUUUUUGCAGAAAUCGAUCGCUUCACCACUAUUCCAAAAUUGCUGGAAAAUCAUAGCCAAAAAAAUCAGUCAGUUUAUUCUUGAGGAGCUGAUUUUGGAAAAUACAUUCAAUCAAGGCGGAGCAGAACAACUGCACUUUGACGUAACGAGAAAUUUGAUUCCACUCUUUUCUAAGUACACCUCAAAACCAGAGCAAUAUUUUCGAAGUCUAGAAGAGGCUUGUAUUAUACUCACAGAAGCCAGAAUCCCACCGAACUUCAAAAUCACUGCACUGAGGAAGGCUGACGUUGAAAAUGUGUUGUCCCAAAGACUCCAGUAACAAACAUGAGUGAUAUUCUUCACAAUCAACUACAACUGGAUCAUUACCACCCACAGGUUUAUUUAUCUUGAUAUUUUGUUAUGAUUAUUAGAGCUGUGCAAAUAGUGAAUUUUCCGAACGAAGCGAAUAGCGAAUAAUUUUGGCGAUUAUUCGCGAAUAGCGAAGCAAAUAGCGAAUAAUUAUAGUCAAUUAUUCACAGCUACGAAUAGUAAAUCUAAUAAUUUGAAAUGAAUUUUUUAAGUGUGAAAAUUCGCAAAUAUUACUAAAGUCGACAAAAAAAGUGUGAUUAAGCCUGAUCGUUAUUCUUAUCGUGAUCAUGAUCGUCAUUUUCAUCUAUAUUUUCGACACUCAAGUUCUCUUCGUCAGCAGACAUUUAGAAAUGCACAAAAAUCCACUAGAAAUCACAAAAUAUCCAUACCACAAUCCACAUGCGCGGUCAAUGACACUGGAUGAAUUGCCCACGGUAACGGCAACCUGUUUUACUCAUGCUGGUUCUUCGCUAGGGCUCAAGAAGUUCGUAAAUUCGGCAAAGUCGGUAAAGAUCAAAAGAUAUCCGCCGUUCGCGAUGUCUCGGAUGGAAGGGGAAGCCUUGCGCAGGUCCUCGCACCGUUUCACGAUUGCCACUCAGAAAUUCGUCAUUUUUGAUGGCGCGAAUAUUUGAAAAUUCGUUCCUCGUGACGGCGCGAUUAUUUGAAAACGUCAGUUCAAAAAUUCACCAUUCGCGACGGCGCGAUUAUUCGUAAUUUGCGAACAGUGCGCGAGGCAGACGAAGCGAAUAUUCGCCGAACAUUCGCAGCGCGAAUAGUCGGAAUUGCGAACAUUCGCACAGCCCUAAUGAUUAUAUUGAACUUUACUUUGCACUAAGAAACUAUUGGAACUAUCUAGCUCCUCCAUAGAAGCACCCAUCUGCAUAAGCAAAAUUUGUGACUUAUACUUCGUUUCUAUUAUCAGCCAAAAAUAGUAGUUUCUCAUGGCAAAAUUUAGUCCAAAUUCCUUUGUAAAAUUGAGGGGGAAAAGAAUGCUUUCUGGAUUGUGCAAAUAAAGCAGGGCCUGAUUUAUCAUUGUCAGUAUCUUAAGAAUUUUUGGAGGAGAAAAAAUUUUGUAAUGCGUUUUCAUAGAGAAAAAUAAGAAGGCUUUUGUACUUAGGGCAUCACGGAAAGAGAUACGGGCAGAUACUUGUUUAUAGAUUUCCUCGAAAAUGGUUUAAUUUAUGAGAAAAGUUCAUAUAGAAUAUAGUUAUAAGAGAGCACUCACAAUUUGAGUUUAUGAUUGGCAAGAAAGAUACUGAAACACAGUGACUUGGUUGUCAUUACUUGUCGUUACGUCGUUGUAUGUGUUAGUUGUAUUGGUGUUGUUUUCCUGUGAAAAAAUUCCAACAAACUACCAGUCUCAUACACUUAUGAAGGGCGUUUUCCCUCGCGAUUUCUGUUUCUUGGAACCAUUCAACAUCAAAGUAAAGCUUAACGGGUUUUACAGCAGUUGUUAUCCCUUCGUACAAACAUUGGCUUUUCCCUUGGCCCGCUCCUAAAAUUAAAGAGUUGAAAAAUUCUAAUUUACCUUCCACUAAGGAAAAUGUCAUUUUAGUGGGACUAUGCUCUGUGCAAAUGAGAAUUGUUGACAUUUUUUUUAGGAGUUGAAAUCGACAAAGUUCAGCCUCUACUAAUGACCAUCUCGAUUGAGAUGGUCUGCUCCCGUUGUUUCCAUGAUGCCUAUUGCUCCUUUUCCUCUGCAGCCUUCUU